GAUGAGCCGUGUGGCCAGCUUAUCCAUUGGCUCCCGAGUGGCGGGCUUCGCGGGUCUAUGCGUCGCCUCCAAUCAGGACGAGCAGGGCGGUAAGCGCCGGCGACGUGGCGCACGCCGAUUCGCAGGACUGGUGCUGGUGUCGUCAGCCGCCGCUACGGCCACACCCGCUACAGCCACCCCUGCUACAGCUGCCACAGGCGAGAAGAAGAGCUGCUGUGGAGGGAAGAAGGCGAAGGUCGAGGAGAAGAAGAAGAGCUGGCCCCAGAUUAUUCUCGAGGGAGCGGUGGCAGGAGGAGCAGCGGGUGUGACGGUCGAGACGGCCUUGUACCCCAUCGACACCAUCAAGACUCGGCUGCAGGUGGCCACCUCAGGGGGCGGCAUCAACUUCAAGGGGCUCUACUCGGGCCUCUCUGGCAACCUCAUUGGCGUGCUGCCGGCGUCAGCCAUAUUCAUUGGCGUGUACGAGCCCGUCAAGGCGUUCCUUCUGAACACCCUUCCUGAGAACAUUAGCGUUGCGGCUCACCUGGCGGCAGGAGCAGCAGGAGGCACAGCAGCCUCUCUCGUUCGAGUGCCCACAGAGGUGGUGAAGCAGCGCAUGCAGACGGGGCAGUUCCCCACAGCGGUCAACGCUGUCAAGACCAUUCUCUCCAAGGAGGGAGUCAGGGGCCUCUAUGCGGGAUAUGGCUCCUUCCUCCUGCGAGACCUACCAUUUGAUGCCAUCCAAUUCGCCAUCUAUGAGCAGCUUAAGAUCCAGCUCAAGAAAACGCUGAAGCGGGAUUUGAAGGAUCCAGAGAUGGCAGUGGUGGGAGCGGUCUCAGGUGCCAUUACAGGCGCUGUCACCACCCCCCUUGAUGUCAUCAAGACUCGGCUCAUGACUCAGGGGACAUCUGGGCAAUACAAGGGCAUCAUUGACUGCAUUCAGAAAACAGCAGCGCAGGAUGGAGUAGGCGCUCUUUUCAAGGGCGUUGGACCUCGAGUCAUGUGGAUCGGUAUUGGAGGGUCAAUCUUCUUUGGAGUUCUUGAGAAGACAAAGCAGCUUAUGCACCAGGCAUAUCACACACCACCGCCAUCAGAGGCUUAUUACUGA